AUGGCAAACAUAGCCAAACUUGAGUUCGUCGCCCUUGACAUCUUGGGCAAGAAUUAUAUGUCAUGGACUCUUGAUGCAGAUAUUCACCUGAUCUCAAGGGGUCUAGGAGAAACUAUAAAAGAAGGAAACAAAGCGUCCGACCAGGAUCGCGCUAAGGCACUAAUAUUCCUUCGUCAUCACCUUCAUGAUGACCUUAAGACAGAAAUUGUUUCUAAAUUGAAACUUUGUGGAGAGAAAAUCAGUGAUGCUGAUAUGCUUGAGAAAAUAUUCUCCACGUUUCAUGCUUCUAAUGUGUUGUUACAGCAACAAUAUAGAGAGCGUGGUUUCAAAAAGUAUCCAGAAUUAAUAUCUUGUUUGUUGGUUGCCGAGCAAAAUAAUGAAUUGCUCUUCAAAACCCACGAACUCUGCCCCACCAGUUCCGCUGCAUUGCCUGAAGCCAAUGCAACUUUCAACCACGAUAAUGGACGUGGUCGUGGGAACCAACGUGGACGUGGGCGUGGACAUGGACGUGGUAAACCACAUGAUGCAACCUUUAGCAACAAAAGGCAUAAAGCAUCCAACGAGCAUACAAAAAGGAAGGUGAAUGCCAAAGGUGUAGCAUGA